AUGAUGCGUUUUCUCGUUUUUGCUGCAACGACAGCUCUUGUACACGCCGUCCUACAGCCUCCCAUUGAAAACAAAAUUUUCCACAAAUACGAUGCUUCUCGCGACCAGACGCUCGAUGUGGCCGAAUUCGUACCACUUGUGUACGAAGUCAGCAGAAAGCCAAUUGAUACCGCUCAGGAGAUCUUCAAGCGCAUGGAUCUUAACCACGACGGAACUAUCGACACCAUGGAAGCGGCUACCGCAAGAAAAGAGCACGGCGCUGGGGUUAUCGAUAGCGUCCUGGCCGUUGCUGACGUAAAUGGCGAUGGACAACUCACGUUUGAAGAAUUCAAAGCUGAGCUGAACUACAACAAGCCAAAGAGUAGAGUUCAAGGAGACCAACAAGGAGAUGGCCUACCAAGUACUGCAACAGGGAUGGUAAACUAUCUGCACAAGAAAUUCGCGAGUUUGCUUCGGCGUACAAUAAGCUCACAACACCGUCCUGUACUAGUAUCAGAACUUCAGAGCCAAUUUCAGCUCUCCGAUUCCGAAAUCGCCCAUGUGGUAAGCAGUUUGGACGCUGACAAGGACGGCUUCCUAACGGUUCACGAGUUGGAACGAAUUCCUGGUAAAAUAGCCGACUUCGCCAACAUCCAGCCACCACCAACUGUGUAG